AUGGCGUUUGCACUGCCCCCUCCGGAGUUAAUGGGGGCGGGGCAAACCAUCGCGCCGCCCAUUACGCCCAUGCCGAUAACACUCCUCCCCGCAUCGAAUCUAGGUAGUAUAAUGCCGUUAGGCAAACCAGGAGCCUGUUCCCUACAUUGGCUGCUUGUUGAGAUUGAGGUUGCAGUGACCACACAUAACAAAAUGUACUGGCUACCAUCUUCAGCUCAAUUUGGGUCGUACUGUGCAACCUUUGUCACUCUCUGGGCUGACAGAGCUACGGAAUUCAGCCAUUACACAUUUUUACGUUGUUCUGUCAUUCUUUCAGUAACCACUGCGUUUGCUCAGCAUUUUAUUUCAUCUACAUGA